UUUAUGUAUAAAUCUUUUAUUUAAAUAUUUUGUUUCUGAAUAUAAAUUCAAAUAUAAAAUCGAAAAUGUUUAAUUGUAUUUAGUGGAUGUUUAUAUUUUUGCGAUUUUUUAUUUUUUUGAUACGUUUUCUUAUUUAAUAAGAUUUUUCGAGGUUAUUUCGAGUACUUUAUAAUUGAUUUCAGCAAAGAUUUGGUAUUUGUGUUAUAACUUUAUAAUGAUUUCUUCACGUAAAAUAACGGAUUGGACACCUGAUUACUUUAUUGCAAAUCGAUCGAAUUGUAAUGUGAUCUUGGAAAAUUUAGAUACUUUAAAUGAAAUUCCGUUACUAAAUAAUGCUCCCCUUCAUGAAUUCAGAGAUAAACAAUUAGUCAGAUUUAAAGGAAUGAUUCAAGAUAUGCAUGAUCCUGAAUAUUAUUUACAACAAUAUGAAGUGAAGAAUAACCAAACUGAAACACUUGAGCUCAAAUCUGGGAUGUAUAUAGAUACAGCAAAAUGUUUGCCACAUGAAACAAUUUUGUUGGAAUCGGAAAAGAAUCAAAAUUCAGAAAGACACACAUGUAUUGUAAUAUCAAUUCCAGGUUUAAAUGAUUGGGUAAAGGAAACAUAUAAACAAUUACAUUAUUCAAAAUUAACUAAUAGAUAUAAAAGAAAUUUAGAUGAAGAUAAUGAUGAAUCUAUGGACUGUUCAGAGUCAGUACGAAAGAAAGAAAAAAUUGAUGAUAAUAAGAAAAUAGAAUAUGAUACAAGGCAAUAUUUAGUUUCAGAAGAAUAUAUAUUAAAUUUUCCUAUUCCUAUAAAUGAUGGUAAAGCUUGUAUUGUAAAGAUAUAUGAAGAUAUGACUUUAAAGCUGAAUCAAAUUAUUGAAAUAAUAGGUUUCAUAUCUUUGGAUCCUUUUCUAAAUAAUAUUGUUCAUUCAGAUGAGACUAUGACAGAAGCUGAAAUAACUGUUCAUCAUCCACCUGCAUCUCUUGUUCCGCGAUUACAUGCUAUAAAAAUAAUCCAAUCAAUUAAACAAGACAUUGUCCCAGAAGUAAUGUCUAAAGCAGAAUUAAUAAGAAACGAUCUUCAUUUAAUAUUAAGUGAACUUCUAUUUGGAGAUCAUUUAGCUGCAGAUUAUUUAAUCUGUCAUUUACUUUCCUCAGUCUAUAUGAGAAGAGAUUACUUUUGUCUUGGUAGUUAUCCCUUAAAUAUAACACAUUUUCCUGUGAUUAAAUAUAAAGAAUUUCCAAAAGAUUUAUACAAAUUUUUAAAUUUACUUAUUAAAAAGAGUCAUUUAUUGGAAAUUACUUUGGAGAAUUUAAAUGAUUUGAAUUUAAUACCAAAAAAAGAUUAUGAAUGUAAUAGACUAACUAGUGGAGUUCUCCAACUGAGCGACAAUACACAUCUUAUAAUAGACGAAACAGGAUUAACUACAGGUCAAAUAACACAAGCUGGAAGAGAAAAUUACAAUGCGAUUUGCGAUUUGAUUAAUUUUCAAAAAGUGACAUAUGAUUUUAAAUUUUAUAAAAUAGAAUAUGAAACUGAUAUUCCUGUAUUAAUUUUAUCAGAAGCUAAAUCUUUUAUUCCGUGUCAAACUCAAAUAAUUCUAAAAAUAGAUUCAGAAUCGGAAAAUUUAUAUUCUCAAAUAAAAGAAAUUGCGGAGCAAUAUUUAAAAGAUGAAAAUCGAUUGAUAAAUAUUCGACAGUAUUUAGAAGCAAUACGGGAUACGAAAUUCGAAUUAAAUGAUGAAGAUGUUAUAAAGGAAAUUCAAAAUGAUUUCGUACAAUGGAAACAAAUAAACAAAAAUGUUGAUAAUUUACACUCAUUAAUGGUAUUGUCUAGAUUAUUAUCUUUGUCAUAUGGAUCAAAUACCUUAACUAUAGAGUAUUGGAAAAAAGCAGUCCAAAUGGAAAUAGAAAGGUUAAAUAGAUUACCAGAAAAAAAAUAAGUUUAAUUUAAUUGAAAAUUAAAAAAUUAUGUAUAAUCCUAGAUUAUUUUUUUAUAUAUCUUAAUAAAAAAUUUUUUA